GACUUCAAAAAACACAAGCAGCUGCUGCUGAGCUUCAUCUCUGUGCUGCCGCCGCUGUCACACGUUCGAAGCAGACCGGUGGAGACCCGAGCUGCGGUUUUUCAUCUGAAACACGAUGACAGCUGGACCGGACGCUGCUGCUUCCGGUGUCUCUGACGAGGCAGCGUGUUGUUAAUGUGUCCACUUCACCGGUAACUCGACAACACAAGGAUCGGACACGUUUCACACCGCACCCGGCUCUGUUCCAGUGGGAGGCUCUGAUCCACUGCCUGGCUGAUAAUCCACCUCCUGGUUGAUAACUCGUCAUCUCACAUCCCUGUGUCCUGAUGUGUCGGUGACAUGGGAGAGUGGUGGACAAGUGUGCCAACAGAGACAUCUAUGGGAAACUAUGAGAUCUCAAGCAUAUCACAUGUGACAAUGUCACCCUCCAGACAGAACAACCUUGUGUCAAUGUACCCCUCUCUGGCCCUGUCCAAAAGCUCCUACAAUGUGAUUAGUGCCUUUUGCACUGAGGAUAAUACCCCUCAAUGCAUUUUAUACAUCAACCAGGAGCUCUCCUCACUGGGCCUCUCUUCCACAUGUAUCGAGGCCAGCUCACCGGGGGGAGCCGUCCUGAGCACGGUGCCAGCUUUGAACGCCAUGUAUGAGCUGCUGCAGAUUCACAGACGAAAUAUGGGCACUUUAGAGGAGCUGGAGAGAGAACAGCUGAAGAAAUCCAGCACCUUGGAGCACAUGCAGAUGAACAAUUCCAGACUGAAGGAUCAGCUGGAACUGUCCAUAAGGGAGAAGUCGGGUCUACAUGAGACGGAGAGGCAGCUUCAACUCAAAAUCAAGACUUUGCAGAGCUGCUUGAAAACUGAGAAAGAUGAGGUUCAGAAACUCCAAAGUAUCAUUGCCAGCCGUGCGUCUCAGUACAAUCAUGAUGCCAAGAGGAAAGAGCGAGAAGCUACUAAGCUAAAGGAACGGCUCGGUCAGCUACUGGUCGACAGAAAGGAUAAAAAACUAGCUCUUGAUGUACUGAAUUGCUUGGGACGGUCGGAUGGAAAAAGGAGCCACUGGAAAACUGCAAAAGUGACCACCAGCCAUGAGGGUGAGAUGUACAAGUCCUUACUUAGCGACUAUGAGGCGAGUCAGAAGUCCUUGAUGCUAGAGAAUGCUGAGCUUAAGAAAGUACUCCAGCAGAUGAAGAAGGAGAUGAUACACAUCCUGAGUCCACGCCAGUCCCGAGGAGCCACUGCUGAGGACAGCCAUGAGCAGGCUGAUUCAGAUGGGGAGGAGAAGAUGGGGGACUGCAGCAGGGAAACUCUGGACCAAUCCUGUGAGCAUGCGAAGGAGCAGCUCACCAACAGCAUCCGCCAACAGUGGCGGAAACUUAGGAGCCACAUGGAGAAGUUGGACAGCCAAGCAACUCAAGUUCAAAACCAACUGGAGCCCAAUAAAGAGGUGAUACCAAGGGAGACGCACGAGUAUGAGAUGGAGAAGAUGAGGUGUGAAGUCCAGCAAUGCAAAGAGUUCAUUCAUGCACAGCAACAACUCCUCCAGCAACAACUGAACUCAUCAUUUGACGACGAGACCGCAGCUCUCCUCAAUGACUGCUACACACUGGAGGAGAAGGAGCGUCUCAAAGAGGAGUGGAGGCUCUUUGAGGAACAGAAGAGAAACUUUGAGAGGGAGAGGAAGAACUUCACAGACGCUGCUAUUCGCUUGGGGCGAGAGAAAAAGGCCUUUGAGGAGGACCGUGCCUCUUGGCUCAAGAAUCAAUUUUUGAACAUGACUCCCUUUAUCGACCGUAGGAGAUGUUCUUCGUCUGAUGGUCAAAGUGCCUUAUCAAUCAGAAGUGAGCCAGAGAUGAGGAUGUCUUCCACGAAAGCUGAACUGACCAAAUCAUCAACCUACGCUACAUUCUCCACUCCUAAACCUACACACAGCGCUGCUGUGCCAUCCACAACCGAGCUUUACCGGACACUCCGUCUAAUACCAGACGGCAGUAGCUCCAGAAAUUCAAAGGGGGGCCGCAGGCAGGAGUGCAGCACCAUCGAAGACGGAGAUACUCGCACAAAGUCAAAACACAGAGUUCGAUGUGGAGACCUGAGUAUCUUCUCUCUGGGUGAAGAUGAGAACAACCUCACCUAAAGAACAAACCCGUGCCUAUUUUUUCUUUUUUUUGUACUGGAGUACAAAUCAAUCAUGGCUGAAAUCCAUUACUACCGAUGAACUCUUCAAUUUUUUUGCAACAUUGUUUGUUUGUUUGUUUGUUUGUUUGUUUGUUUGUUUGUUUUUUGGGUUGCUUUUUUUUAUGGAUGUGCACAAAUUAUUAAUUCACCAAAGCUGAUCAAACAAGAAAGCACUUUAAUGAAGCUGCCACUGUUCUGUUUACUUUCUUUACAAACGGAGCAACACUGGCAAUUCCACGGUGGCAGACGCGUCUCACACAAGCACAUGGAGGACUG